AUGAAGGCGAGUCCGGAGCCAGGGAAGCAGCAGCAGCCGGAGCAGCAGCAGCAGCAGCCGGGCCAGGUGGCUGCAGCUGCGGCGGGUAAAGAGCCCGAUCCGCGCUGGGCAAGAGACGGCGGCAGGAGCGAGGCGACGGAGGCGGAGCGGCUGCGCACCCGGGAGCGGCUGGAGGCCACACUCGCCGGGCUGGCCGAAUUGGAAUUCCUGCGCCAGCGCCAAGAGCUGCGCGUCAAGCGGUUACUGGCCGUCGCGCCCUCCGCUUCCCUGGCCGGGAUCUGCUCCGGGGAAGCGGCGAGAGCCGCAGCAGGAGCCGGGAUCCCGCCACGCAGCUUAGAAGAGAAGUUCCUGGAGGAGAACAUCCUGCUGCUGCGGAGGCAGCUGAACUGCUUAAGAAGAAGAGAUGCAGGCUUAUUAAACCAAUUGCAAGAACUGGACAAACAGAUCAGUGAUUUGAGGCUGGAUGUUGAAAAGACAGCAGAUGAACACCUUGACAUGGAUAGCCGUCCCAGUUCAGGGUUUUAUGAGCUGAGCGACGGGACUUCCGGAUCGCUUUCCAACUCGUCCAACUCUGUUUUCAGUGAAUGUUUAUCCAGUUGUCACUCCAGUACUUGCUUCUGCAGCUCUUUGGAUGCAUCCUUGAGUGGCUCUGAUGGACGGCCCAAGUCUGCAGAUUUCAUCAGCUGGCUGGAGCAAAACAAAGGAACCCAACAAAAUGACCAAGCGGGGAUGGCCUCUCCAUCAAUGCCACAUGCAGAUUCUUUUGAAAUUGUUGCAGAUGUACAUCCAAAAUACCAGUGCGAUCUGGUAUCUAAAAAUGGAAACGAUGUAUACCGUUAUCCCAGCCCUUUACAUGCUGUAGCAGUGCAGAGUCCCAUGUUUCUUCUGCCGGUGACCAGUUGUCCCCCAAGAGAAGAAGUAGAAAGAACCGAUGACAAUGCUGUUGAAGUUGGACCGGAAGUCAACUUGGAAAAAUCGGUGGAUUCUUGUCCGUCACACACUUCUCGUUCUCCAUCCUGUCCUUUGCCCAACAGAAAAAUGGAUGGAUAUAUUUUAAGCCUUGUGCAAAAAAAGGCUCCUUCAGUGAGGACUAAUAAACCAAGAACGAACCUGAAUGCAGACCUGGCCAAGGGGAUUUUGAGACAUGGAAGCUUGUGUCUUCGGCAGAUGGCUAGUGCCGCGCCUAGCAAUACCACUAACAUUAAGAAUCUCAACCAGCCCCUUUCACAUUCCAGUGGAGCCACUCUCACCCUAGACAACAGUGCCUUUUCUCCCAUAAAACAGAAUUCAAAGGAAGUAGAGCAUAUGGAGUUAAAAAAGAUACCUGCACCUGCUGUUUUCCCACAAAAUGCUAAUAGUGAUCCAAGCAAGCCCUCAGUGAAGAACGUCAAAACUCAAGAAGCGAUGCGAUCCCCUGUGACUAAGAGUGAUGCUCCCAAGGAAAGUGGCCAACUCUUUUUGAUAUGUCCUAAAGAAAGCCCAGGGCAGCACGUAACACCCUUGAAGGAAAAGAAAGCCGUCCAGCUUCCCAAAAAGCUAUCGUUUAAAAGUAGUAGUGGGAUGCCGUCAGCUUGCUCUGUUUUGUCAGGCCAGGAGAGUAGACCAUUGGUAGAACUUAAAAGUGAGGGGUCAUCAUCCCAGAGUUUGGAGGAGGGAUUGCUAGUGAAUGCCCACUUCAUACCUGCUCAGCCCCAAACAGUCAGACUUCACAAAGGCACCAAGAGUGUCAAAAUUCUCAAAGGUUCUAUGGUGAAACACAAAUCUCAUCUUGUCACAGUGCUAGAAAAUGGACCUCAGGCUGGGCGGGAGAGGGCCAAGCCUGCGGGCAAAAAGUGUCACUUCCUGGAUGAAUUGGAUCCAAAUAAGAAGCCAAGAAAGACUACCUUGAGAGGGAAGAAAGGUCUCCAUUUUCAGCCAGAUGUCAGCCAUCCGAGUCGGCAGCCAGGCGUACUCAAGUCUGUGCUGAGGCCCCAUGGACAUAGCAGAGAACCAGUCGUUGCCAAGCCCAAGCACAAGCGAGCGGAUUACCGGCGCUGGAAACUCUCUACGGAGGUAUCUUAUGAAGAUGCCCUUAGGCGGGCCAGGAGGAACAGGAGAGAAGCUAUAGGAGUCUAUUCACAGGUUCCGCAUCCUUUUAUUAGCCCCUAUGCCUAUGUUGCCAGUGACUCAGAAUAUUCAGCUGAAUGUGAAUCCCUCUUCCAUUCCACUGUAGUGGACACCAGCGAGGAUGAAAGGAGCAAUUAUACCACCAACUGCUUUGGGGACAGCGAAUCCAGUUUAAGUGGAGUGGAGUUUGUUGGUGAAAGCACAACCACCAGUGACUCAGAGGAAAGCGGGGGCCUCCUUUGGUCCCAGUUUGUUCAAACACUUCCCAUCCAGGCAGUGGCUGCUGCUUCGGAGCUCCAUGAAAAUGCAGCCAAAGCCUUUGUUAAGAUUAAAGCAUCCCAUAACCUUAAGAAGAAAAUCCUCCGCUUUCGGUCUGGCUCUCUCAAACUGAUGACUACUGUCUAAACGGAUAUGAAAAGCAGAUGAUAACAGUAAUGAUAAUAUUCUUGCCUCUUGGCGAGACGUAUAUAUCUAAGGGAAAUGAGUGUCAGGAUUCUGGCUGGUCUUGGGGACAUUUUUUUUCAGGACUUGGGAGCUGUGCAGCUAUGCUGACUCCAAGAGAGCCUUUCACCGGCUGUCAUUAGAACUGCUUGCCUUAACAUCUUGAAGAGCAGCGCAAGCAACUUUUCUGUGACGGAGUGUGCACAUUUGCGUAGGUCGACUUUUGCGGCUGAGGACUACAGAGGGAUCAAGCAAGUGAGGCAGAGCACGUCCUGCAAGGUGAUAAUGUUGUGCCGUUUCAAGGUUUCCAAAUCUUUUCAGGCUUCAGAGGUUGGACUCUAAGGUUAUGUAAGGUGAAGGAAUGACAACAUUUUGGGGACAGGGCCAAACAUGGGUAGCUUGUUUUUUUGGGGGGGAGGGGGAAUUCAAGACUUUGGGGGCAAUUUUAAGAGGUAAAUUGAGGCGGAGAUUUAAGUCAUCUAUUUUAGACCUUGAAACCUCCAAAAAGGGAAAGCUGACCUUAAAAAUCCUCCAAACAAUGCCAGAGAUUGAAAGUGUCCAUUUAGUUCAUUUUGUGGGAAUCUUGGGGACAACAUAAAGCAUGUUGAGGGACUCCAUUUGAGCCAGGGUGUCUACCUCUGAUUUAGAGUUUAAACAAACCCUUAUAAUAACAGAACACUGGCCAAAUUUUAUCUCCUUCUUCUGAUGCACCAUUUUUAGCAUGACAAGGGCUUGCUCUGGAGGAGGAAAGACUCAGCUCUUUUUUUAAGUUUAUAGACUUCUCAUUCUCACUUGCCUUAAGCAAUCAGGCAAGUGGCUAAUUACAAAACUGGUAUAAGCAGAAAACUGAAAGAAGAAUCGAUGGCAGCCUUUUCUAACCUUUUUUAGUGUGGGGACUGCAAUUCCCAAAAUUCACAGCCACCAGGAAAAGCAGCAAUUCAGCCCAUUAGGGAAGGUUGCCUUAUAUGGACCUUUUUGGAAUCUCUCUGGUGCUACUGCUUUUGGUCAUCUGCCAAAAAGGUCUUAUGAAGAUAUGACCAACACACAUCUGCCUCGGUAAACAAAACAAGGUGCUUCUUGUAAAUAAUUUUUCUAGAAUGCUUUUUUAAGAGCAGAUAUUUAAGUCUUAAUGGACUGCUUAGUUAAUGUCACUUGAACCUCCAUAUUUUUGAGUCAACACUAGUGCCUUUUAAGUGGUAAGAACAAAAGCCACCGUGCUAGUUUUUAAACAAAGGAUUAAGACACCAGUUUACUGCUUGGGCUGAUUGAGAUGCAGAGAAAUGAAGACUUAGACCAAAUGUUGAUUUAAAAACAGUGUUAGAAACAUCAGUGGGAAAAGAUGGUUAAAUGAAAUGCAGGAUACACAUUUUUUAAAUAAGCAAACUUGGUAAGCAUUGUGUUGAUUUAUGUGGCAUCACUGAUUAACACAGAAAAUCUCUGCUUCAGAUUAUCUCCAUUAUCCACAGACAUUUUAUAUUUCCAAAAAAAGGAGACCAUUUUCAAGAUUUCACUUGACACCUCCUUAUACGCCGAUUAGAUUAGUUGUUCAUGUUGUUCAGCAUUGUCUAUUCUGAAUUAAAACUACCUUCAAGAGUCUUGAGUGGAGGUUUUCCCCAUUAUUUUCUCCUGGAUGAUUUUUAAAUGUAGAAGCAGGGAUUGAACUGCCUUCAAAAGGAGAAACCUCAAUAUUGAGCCAUAAACACCUAAAGCUGCCUUGAAUUUAGAUAAUGUCCCAUCCAGGCCACUGCUCUAUGGCUUUUCCCAAUGUUACUUUCUGAGAAUCCUUAAAAGGUUGGGAAUUUGGGGCAGUUGCUCUACCUCUUGAAUUACCGUAUUCAUCUCUUACCAAUGUGCACAAGCUUUAGUAGUGUUGAAUACUAAAUUGGAUUAGGAGGUGGCAAUCUAAAUAGUGAGAUGAGGGAAACAAAUGACAUAAACUUCAAAAUCCUUUAGGAUUUAGAUUUAGUGGGAAGAUCUGCCUUCUGCCAUUUAAGCCUGCUUUGUUAAACUUGUAUAAGGUCAAGCACUUUGAAUAAGCAUCUUUAAGGAGGGAACCUGAAAUACAGGUAGUCCUUGACUUAUGGCCACAAUUCAGCCCAAAAUUUCUGUUAAGCGAGACAUUUGUUAAGUGAGCUUUGCCCCCAUAGUAUGACCUUUCAUGCC